UCAAAGGUUAUUUGAUAUUUGAGGGUUGUAGGAGUGCAUCAUAAACAGCUGGCUAAGUCAACUUUAUCAGCACAUCCCUUCCUGGUGUCAAGAAUCCGAAAUAAACCAAAGAUCUAGGUCGCACGUGUUUGGAUGUUUAUGGUGAACAAAUUGAAGGUUCCAGGCUUAACGAUUACAGCCACCCGUUUACGUCACUACUUUCGAAAUAUGGACUCCAAGGAGCUGCAGCCACCCAGUUGCGUGCGCGGGAUGCAGUUGCUCCAAAGGGAGCAGUUCCGCAAGAGCAUUCAAGUGCCCCUUUUGCGUAUGCCCGAGACCCAAGUGCAACGUGUAAUGCCGCUGGUGAAGAAGUUCCUGCUCAAAAUGGAGCACCUGCAUCCAGUGCGAGCUGUGGGCACUUUCCGGGAGAUCCUGCUGCAUCCAACUCCUGUGAAGGAUUGGGAAUCCCUGCCCACAGAGGCGCUGCAGAAGCAAGAAAUCACCGCAGAGAACUUCACCUUAUCGGAACUGGAAUUGGGCUAUGAAAACUGGAGUGCCAACGAGAUCCUCAAAAGUGUCCUGCCUUUGGAGGAGGAGGGUCUCACUUCAUACUCCCGCAUCGGGCACAUUGCCCACCUGAACCUGCGGGAUCACCUGCUGCCCUACAAACAACUCAUUGGCCAGGUGCUCCACGACAAGUUGCCCAACUGCCGCACGGUGGUCAACAAGGCCUCCACCAUAGACAACACCUAUCGCAACUUCCAGCUGGAGCUGAUUUGCGGUGUUCCGGAUUACCAGGUGGAGACCAAGGAGAACGGAGUGCCCUUCGAGUUUGACUUCUCCAAGGUCUACUGGAAUCCCCGCCUCUCCACGGAGCACGAAAGGAUUGUGAAGCUGCUGCAAACGGGGGACGUUCUCUAUGAUGUCUUCGCGGGAGUGGGUCCUUUCAGUGUUCCUGCUGCCCGGAAGCGUUGUGAUGUCCUGGCCAAUGACCUGAAUCCCGUCAGCUUUAACUGGCUGCAGCAUAAUGCCAAGAGAAAUAAGUGCUUGCCUCAGAUCAAAAUGUUCAACAAGGAUGGCAGGCAGUUUAUCCUGGAGGAACUAAGGGAGGAUUUGCUAAAGCGUCUGCUUAACACAGACACCACCUCCUAUGCUAUACACAUAACAAUGAAUCUGCCAGCCAUGGCUGUGGAGUUCCUGGACGCCUUUCGUGGUCUCUACAAAGCAGAGGAUCUCUCAAAGUUACCUGACAGUGUAACCUAUCCCACAGUUCAUGUUUACUCCUUUGCCAAGGGCGAAAACACCAAGGAACUAGUAAGGCAACUGGUGGAAAGCAAUCUGGGUGCCAGUCUAGAUGACAACCUGCUUCAGGGCAUCAGCUUUGUGAGGAAUGUGGCCCCCAAUAAGGACAUGUACAGGGUGUCCUUCAGGCUUUCUCAGCACCUUUUGACCACACCAAAAGAGGUUGAACUCUCAAGAAAGCGUUGUGCAGAGGAGGAGGAGCUGGUGGCCGCCACAAAAGUGAAAUGUGUUUGAUACAAUUUGGAAACAAUAAAGCUACAACUCCCAAACAACUAAAUAGAGUCUCUUUUUUGCCUA